CGAGCGCUUGCUGUGCAAUUUGGUCAGUGAGACUGUGAAAGAGUGACGAUUGGCACUGAAGCAAUAACUAAUGGCGGUUUCGUUCGCAGCAGUGAACCUUCGGACCAUGGCACUCCGAUCAUCAUCGAAGCUUCUCCGUCGUUCUUCCCAUCUUCUCCCUCCUAUUCACAUGCAGCAUUCAGCUCCUCCCCUCACUCGAAAGAUAAGCAUGGAUGCUAGGAGCAUCGCUUCCCAGCUUAACAGAUCUGGUUUAUUGAAAACUCAGGGUCUAAUUGGAGGUAAAUGGAGUGAUUCCUACGAUGGGAAAACCAUACAGGUUUAUAAUCCAGCAACAGGUGAAUCUAUAGCGGAUGUCGCGUGCAUGGGCGGAAAAGAGACAAAUGAUGCGAUUGCUUCAGCAUAUGAUGCAUAUAGAUCUUGGAGCAAAACCACUGCUGCUGAGAGAAGCAAACUUUUGAGGAAAUGGUAUGAUUUACUAAUGGCUCAUAAAGAAGAGCUUGCUCAACUUAUGACCUUGGAGCAAGGGAAGCCUCUUAAGGAGGCUAUGGGUGAGGUAAACUAUGGGGCUGGCUUUAUUGAAUUUUCAGCUGAGGAGGCUAAACGCAUAUAUGGGGAUAUAAUUCCUGCUCCUAUGUCUGAUCGACGGUUAUUUGUUCUAAAGCAGCCUGUCGGGGUUGUAGGUGCGAUCACACCAUGGAACUUCCCCCUGGCUAUGAUCACACGGAAGGUUGGUCCAGCUCUUGCAUGUGGAUGUACAGUGGUCAUAAAGCCCUCUGAACUUACACCUCUCACUGCAUUAGCUGCAGCUGAACUUGCUAUUCAAGCUGGAAUACCUGCGGGUGCUGUGAAUGUGGUUAUGGGAAAUGCUCCUGAAAUUGGUGAUGCUUUACUUGCAAGUCCUCAGGUACGCAAAAUCACAUUCACAGGCUCAACAGCUGUUGGAAAGAAAUUGAUGGCAGGUUCUGCUGAGACAGUAAAAAAAGUAUCUCUGGAACUUGGUGGCAAUGCACCGUGCAUAAUUUUUGAUGAUGCUGACAUUGAUAUUGCAGUUAAAGGAACUCUUGCAGCAAAGUACCGCAAUAGUGGACAAACAUGUGUGUGUGCGAACAGAAUUCUUGUGCAAGAAGGUAUAUAUGAUAAAUUUGCAAAGGCUUUGAUUGAUGCUGUUCGGAAUAUGAAAGUUGGGGACGGUUUUGGUGAAGAUGUGGUUCAGGGCCCUCUGAUCAAUGAAGCUGCAGUUAAAAAGGUUGAGACCUUGCUUCAAGAUGCUACAUCAAAGGGGGCAAAGGUAAUGCUUGGGGGUAAAAGACAUAGCCUUGGAUUUACCUUUUAUGAACCAACAGUUGUCGGUGAUGUCAACAGUGAUAUGCGCAUAUCAAGAGAGGAAGUGUUUGGACCUGUUGCACCCCUUUUGAGGUUCAAAACCGAAGAGGAUGCUAUCCGGAUUGCCAAUGACACAAAUGCAGGUUUGGGUUCAUAUGUGUUUACAAACAGUAUCCAACGCUCAUGGCGUGUUGCCGAGGCUCUCGAAUAUGGACUUGUUGGUAUUAAUGAAGGAGUAAUCUCGACUGAGGUGGCACCAUUUGGUGGUUUUAAACAGUCGGGCCUUGGAAGAGAAGGCUCAAAGUAUGGGAUGGAUGAAUAUUUGGAGAUCAAGUAUGUGUGCCUGGGAAACAUGAAGAAAGAAUAAACUAUAACGGGCAACUGUCAAGAUAAAUGCUGUGGUCUUUAGCCGCGCUCAGCGGCAGUUCAAGUGGAUUUGAGGUUUUGAAGGAGGGUUUACCGUGUAAUUUCUUUAUUACAGUAAAUGCAUGUACUAACUGCAUAGUUCUGUAUAAAUAACUCAAUAAGUGCAGGCUUGGAAAGGACAUUUGGGUUGGUAAAUCAUCAUUUUCUUUAGCGUCA